AUGCCCCGCGGAGAAUCCCAAGCCUCACGUCCUGCGUCCCAGAACGUGAACACUGGGAACCUUGCCGGAGUGCUGUGGUACUUGCACAAUGAGGUCGUGGAGAGAACGCCUCGCAAGUUUGGGAUCACGAAGAUCAUCCGCCUCAAGGUGCAGACGAAAGCGACCCAGCCGCUCUGGGAGAAGGGCAUGAACUUCGGCGUGCGUUUCGCGUUCGAUGCCGGCCAAGCCACGGGGCCCUUCGAGUGCGGCCGCGACGAGUACGGGCCGAAGCUGUGCCAAGGCGCCUUCAACAGCAGCUACGACGUGGGCAUGCACAACGGCAGCGUGACCGGGGCCUUCGAGUGGGACACCUACGGCUACUUCGUCGGCUGCAAUGUCCUGGGACACUUCCCGUUUCCAAACUACAAGAUUUACUACCCUGACGCCGUUUGGUACAGCCUUCCUGGACCUUGUCCGUCCAGAAACUACACUGAGUGGGACGACCAGUGCCGCGAGAGGCAGCCCGGAGGCUACUGCGACCAGACGCCCACAGGACAGGGCAAUUGCACGUGGACCUACGAGGAGGCAGGGGAGAUCACCAUCGACGAGCUCACCGGCAUCCGCAACUACACCAAGUUCCUGGAGUCUGGAAGGAAGGAGUACCAGCGCUGGGCCGACCGCGGCUUGGGGUGGACCUGGUGGGACUCGAAGCGAGACGAGCUGGCAAACGAGUGGCGGCUGAUGUUGGCAGAGGAGCUCUUCGACAAGAAGUACCCUGAGUCUACGCCCAGCAAGGACAUGCCCGACCCGAAGUGCGACUUCAACAUGAGGCGCUUCUACGAGGACAAAGGCUACUACGCUACUGAGUGCCACACGGCCCAGAAGGGCGAGCGAUGCUACAAGGACGUCAUCUGGGCCAAGUUCGACGGCAUCUACAAGCAUCCGGAGUGGUACAAAGGGCUGACUGACGAGUCGACCUUUGAGGAGUUCCAGGCCUACCUCUACCGGACCAGCCCGAUUGGGUCCCCGUGCCCGCCGCCCUGCACGUGA